GCAUUAACAAAUCACGUCUGUUUUGAAAUCGAAAAAUCGGAAAAGAUAAACGAAAUGGCGGUAGACGAGAUUGGAGGUUUGUAAGAUCACAGGUCAUUGCUUAACUUUAAGGAAUGGGAGAAAAACAGGAAUGUUCAAUAAGCGAUUUAAAUGUUUUAAGUGAUAAGUAAACUUUGGGAUACUUCAGUUCUGGUGCCGUAUGCUAUUGACACUUUGGAAUAAAUGACUCUUUUGAAGGCAACCUACGGCGAUGAUGGGUCAGGUUUUUCAAAAUUGUGAGAUUAAGGAGCCUGGCAUUUCCUCAAGUUUUGGAAACAGCAAUUAACGUAACUGUAAUCCACGAUACACAUACAUGUAUCACUGAAUGCCUUCAGAAAAAGUGAUCGACGAAAGUUUGAAUAAAUCACCUACCCGAUUAAUCCUUUAAAAUGCGUCUAAUCACUAACAGUUCAGUCAACAGUUCGGUUGACGCUUCGUCAACAAGGAUAGGAGAAUGAGUGCAGCUGUGUUGACUUCUGAUAAUUCCAAUUGGAGACCUACAGUUGUUCAAAUCGCACCGUUUUUGCACGACAACAGAAGUUAUUUAAAGUCAAGACCUUCCUCCUCCAUUACGUAUUCAGAAAGUAGAGAGAAGCGACAUUAUCCAGUCUUAGCUGUCACCCGCACAAAUUCGUUCACUACCACAGGUCCAGAUAAACCAGCAAAUGAAGACGUAUUAAAUGUGCCAUUCUCCGGACGACCUCCCAGAGAGUUCAUCAAAUCAUAUUACAGAGGGAAAAUUCUUAACCACGACAACUACUUGAAUGUAUCUUCUACUGACUGUGUUGAAAAAAAAUGCUCGAUUCAGGAUUUAAAUUCUCAAACUUUGGAUUUCCACACAGAAUCUCAAACUGAAAAUCAGAUGGAUCAGUCUCAGUUCCUAGCAAUGAAUAAUAAAGCCGCGAAAUCUGUUUUAUCAGAGAGAAAGUUCUUUUACGGCACAAAUGGAAUUAUGCGAAAUUUAAAUCUAACUCCAGGAGAACUUGAGUUACAGAAGCAUAAAGAAAAUUAUGCACGUGAACAGGCUCAAAGGAAAAAGAAAUAUAAGCUGAAUGUGAAUCAGCUUCCCCGAAGUACCACCCCAAUAAAUGACCAUGAUCCUGAUAAACUGAACAUGAAACAGGUCAUCCAAUUUCUUCAAAAUAAAAGUGAAAUAAAAAUAGUGUCUAAAAAGCAACCUGGAAAAUUAUCUAUAAACCCUGAUCCCCCAAAGUUAAGUACAAUUGGUGUGCGACCAAAAACCGAUACAAUGAUAGCACGCCAGCGGAUCAAUCCUGACUCUGUUCGUCCUAGUACAGAGCUUCCUAAAGAGGAUGGAAAAUCCGAGUCAGAAUCCAGGAUUGAUAGUCGAAGCUCGUCUUACAGUAGGGAUUCCUUCGGAUCAAGAUCUGUUCUGUCUACCCAAAGCGUCCCUAUUAUGGACGCUAAAGGAAAGCGAAAUAACUCCAAAAUGAACCAAUCCUCCAGAUCUGUUAAGGACAGAGGGAGGCAUUCACGCAGAAGUGUAAAAGAAUUCAAACUUCACAGAUUUUUAGCCUUAGCCCCAAAUGGAAUGGGACAAACUACAACUCCAAACAAUCAGGUUGAAGAACCAAGACCAAUUUACAUUUCAGAUAAGGAAAAAUCUAGUGAAAAACAAAUUAAAAGAAAAGCUAGUGAUGACUUUCAAGGCCAUAUUACUUACCGUUCCCCCAUGAUUAGAGAACAGGUGCCGGCAUAUCAAUUUAGUGAAAAUAAGCUAGAAGGCAACAAAAUUAGUGCUAGGGAAGAAACGGGUACGUGGAAGUUGGAGCAAAGAAAAGUUUCCAGAGCGUCUAGUUUUAUGCAUCGCAAAGCUUUAACACAAUAUAGAGAAAAGGUUCGCUUGGUAAGAGCUGAACAUUCUGAGGAAGGUGACGAACUAAAGAACACAACGAUCAGGCUUCCUAGUGUCCAUGACUACGAAGACAGUGUUCGACAUCUUGAAUCAGAAGAUGAUGAAACAAUAUCUGGCGACAUUUCUUAUCCAGAACAGGAUGAAAAAGGACACGAAAUUGCUUCUCUCCUUUCCAGCAGGUCAGACCAAACGUGUAACCGUAGUGUUAGCUACCAUCCCUCACUUGUUAUCCAAACAGACUACCUGGAUAACAACAACAAUACCAACAGAAAACUCCUAGUCAACAUUCCUAAACAAAAUGAUUCAAGUAGUAAAGAGAUGAUAAAGUUAACUCUUCGUCAGGAAAAAGACGUUACUCGUGAACAAAGUUACAUGCAUGAUAUUGCAACACCAAGAGAACAUAAUGUGUAUACAAUGAUGUGUCAACAUCUGAAACAAACUCUACCAUUGUCAGAUGACAACAGCUUGUACAAUAGAAGAGUGUAUCGUAUAUCUGCAGUGUCCAUAAAUGAGGACAAAAAGUAUGAUACACUUCCGGAGGGCACGUCACUGACGGUCCAUGAAACCUUAGCCAAUAGCUGUAUCAAAGUUAGGCAGAAACUGAAAGGAGCUGUUCACAAUGAAUGACCUUAAAUUUAUUUAGUUUCACUGUAGUUUAGUUGAAGACUCUUUUUAAAAGAAGGAAAAUUAAACGUUGAUUGUCGUAUUUAAAGCUGCGAAGUAUUAAAUUUAAAUUGAAGACAGAGCUAAUACAAAUUAAAAAUGUUAUGCAUUGAACAUACCGGUAGUU